AUGGAUAUGGACGUUGAUCAAGAAUUAGAAUUUAAGAUAUCUCGUAGAGAGCUCCGAGUGCUUUUGCUUCAUGAAUUUCGUUUGGGUCACAAAGCAACGGACGCAGCUAGCAACAUAUGCAGCACGAUGGGCAAGGAUGUACUCUCCAUUCGUACAGCGCAACAUUGGUUCAAUCGGUUCAAGAAUGGCAAUUUAGAACUCGACGAUUUACCUCGCUCCGGAAGGCCAAUAGAGGUGGAUAUGGAUGCUUUGAAGCAGCUCAUCGAAGAAGAUCCUAGACUGACUACACGGUGUUUAGCAGAGCGACUUGGUUGCGUUCAUGCUACAGUGGAAACACACCUGAAAGAAUUGGGCAAAACGUGGAAAUAUGGUGUUUGGAUUCCACAUGAAUUGUCACCGCGUCAGCUCCAACUCAGGGUUGACGCUUGUAUGGAGUUGAUGACAUCUCAUCGCAACUACCAAUGGCUCCACAAUCUUCUUACUGGUGAUGAGAAGUGGGUAUUGUAUGUGAACCAUACGCGCAAGCGGCAGUGGCUGGGAGCUGGACAAGCAGGUGUAGCAACGCCCAAGAAUGAACUUCAUCCAAAGAAGAUUAUGCUGAGCGUUUGGUGGAGUGUCAAGGGAAUUAUUCAUUGGGAAAUUCUUCCUGCUGGCUGCACCGUCACUGCUGAUCUCUACUGUCAGCAAUUAGACCGCGUUGCAGCAAAACUUCAUGGGAAGCAGGACAGGAUUUAUUUUCUGCAUGACAACCCCAGACCUCAUGUUGCAAAGUUGACGCGUGAAAAAUUAUUGAAGCUCGGAUGGAUUACACUUCCACAUCCACCUUACUCUCCUGACUUGGCUCCAACAGACUAUCAUUUGUUUCGUUCUCUUUCUAAUUAUUUGAGCGAGAAAAAAUUCGACGACGAGAACGACCUCAGCACGGAACUGGCCUACUUCUUCGCUCAAAAGUCUCAAGACUUCUACGAACAUGGAAUCUUUUCUUUACCAACACGUUGGCAACAAGUCAUAGGCAGUGAUGGAGGUUACAUUGUUGAAAGCUAA